GAAAGUAAGUACACUUCCUGCUGUAGCAGAAAAAGUAUGGAACGAGAAUAAUGUUUCUACUAACAUCCCCAAAGAAGGGAAAUUAUUCAUAUUUUAUUGCAGUAUCUAGAUGUGGGGGAGAAUCCUGAAUCCUGUGGUGAUUAGCAGAGUUCGUCUCACUUGGAGUGCCAGAAGUCUCUUCACCAUGCAGCUGAAGACUACAGAGUUCAAGUCCUUAUUCAGCGAUGGACUGAAUGGCAUAGCAGAGAUCUUUGAGAAGCACAAGUUUGAGCUGAGGAUAGCAGGGGGUGCUGUGAGGGACCUCUUGUCUGGGGAGCGGCCAGAGGAUGUGGACUUUGCGACCACAGCAACACCAGAGGAGAUGAAGAGCAUGUUCCAGAAUGCAGGGAUCAGGAUGAUCAACAAUAAAGGGGAGAAGCAUGGGACCAUCACUGCUCGACUUCACAAUGAAAACUUUGAAGUGACCACACUGCGUGUAGAUGUUGAGACGGAUGGACGUCAUGCAGAGGUAGAGUUCACAACAGACUGGCAAAAAGAUGCGGAGCGUAGAGACCUCACCAUCAACUCCAUGUUUUUAGGGUUAGAUGGGACCCUAUAUGAUUACUUCCAAGGAUAUGAGGACCUGAAGAACCGAAAGGUUCAGUUUGUUGGCUGUGCUGAGCAAAGGAUUCAGGAGGACUACUUGAGGAUACUACGAUACUUCAGGUUUUAUGGUCGGGUGUCAGUAAAGGCAGCGGAACAUGACCCUGCCACCUUGGAGGCCAUCAGGGAAAACGCCCGUGGCCUGGCAGCCAUAUCAGGGGAGCGCAUCUGGGUUGAGCUGAAGAAGUUGGUGGUGGGUAACCAUGCUGCCCACCUACUAAAGGUCAUGUAUGAGCUGGGCCUGGCUCAGUACAUAGGUUUGCCUGCAGAGGGCGAUGUGGAGGAGAUGAAGCGGAUCUGGCAGCAUGUGAAGGACCAUUCUCCCAAGCCCGUGACUGUUCUGUCGGCCCUGUUCCGCUGCUCCCAGGAUGUGGAGAAGAUGGACCUGAGGCUGAAGGUCUCCAGGGAGGAGAAGAACCUGGGUCUGUUCCUGGUCAAACACAGACAGGACCUCCAUAAGUCCCAGGAUGAUCCAGACAGCCUGAAGCCCUACACUGACUUCAUCAUCGAUAGUCGGGAGGUGGAUGCUCAGAGUAAAGUAUGUGAACUGCUCAAGUACCAGGGAGAGGACAAGUUACUGGCAGAGAUGAGCAGAUGGUCCAUUCCUCGCUUCCCAGUGAGUGGGCAUGACUUGAGGAAGAUGGGCAUCACCUCUGGCAAGGAGAUCGGUACUACCUUACAGAACCUACGAGACGUGUGGAAAAGGAGCCGUUACCAGAUGGACAAAGACGAGCUGCUUUGUCAUGUUAACAAGACAUAAUUCCAGUGUGUAUCCAAUUUGUAAGUCGCUCUGGAUAAGAGCGUCUGCUAAAUGACUUAAAUGUAAUGUAAUGUAUCAGGUGUUAGCCCCUCAUACACAGUGUUGAAUAUGAGAAUGAGAAAGAAACCCCACAAGGACUGAAUCAUAUUUACUGUGUUUAACUAAUUUAUCCCAGUGCAGCACUUAGAGUUUGGGUAUUAUGCUCUCAGCUGCACCGCUGUCCUAUGAAGAAAGUUUGUAAUCAACCUAAGCCACUGCAGUGUCUCAACAUCUGUGGCAUUAUUGAUAUCAGAACUAUUAUUUUGUACAUUUCCUGCCCUGCAAUUCCUUUGAGAUUGGCCAGUCUGCUGUUGGGAUUUUAGUUGGGAUUCAGUCAAUACGAUUAAGUGGAAAACUGGAUAUUUUGCCAAUUCUCAAUGGUGAUUGGAGAGAUUUGAGCAAUGAAAGGCUAAUGAGCCAUGUGGAAUUGUUUUAAAUGCCCUAUAAUCAUAUCUCAGAAAGACGGUCUUCUUUGACCAAUAUAGUGAACUGAAUAAAUCUGUAUUUCAUGGGCUGGGAAAAAACAUGACUCCAGGAAUUUCAUUUUUUUUGUUUUUUUUUGACAACUCAUCAAAUGGCUUGAGGGUGAAAUCAGCUUGUGUAUAGUGUGUUUUCUUUGUGUGUUUUAUCUUAAAUAUUUAGUCUAUUUAAUUAAUGUUUCAUAGAUAAAGCAGAUGGUGUGUAAAAGGUUAAACUAUAGCCUAACUUUGAAAGGAUGAUAUUUAAGUGACACAUAAUAAAGCACAAGCUUUACUUGAA